ACAAAAAAAGGAAUCUAUAAAACGAUGGUAUGGUCUCCUACAAGCUGAUUGGUUUGUAGGCAGCGACGUCACCCGUGGUUUAAAAUUUUAAAACAGCUGCUUUCUUUGUGGAUGUCUUGGGUGUUUUGGAGGCUGAAUUAACAACAAAAUUGCAGUUACUCAAGCACCAUAAUUGAGCGACUGAUCACAUAACAUCGAAACAAGCUUUGUCUCUCGUUGCGGUGAGCAAUGCGGGCAAUAGGUGAGCGUUUGAAGCAGAUGGUGAGAAUCUUUCGGCGAGAGGGCCACCGGGUGCUGGAGUCGGAGAGGACCACCGUUCACGGGGCCGACGCCAUGUUGAUGGUGCUGCAGCUGGUCUUGGCCCAAGUCAAUAAACAACAAAGCGGCGAGUUCCGAGCGGCCCUCGGCGACGUCCUGCUGGCGUGGAAACACUUAGUCGUGGACAAACUGGGCCUGCGGCCCCCCGACGGCGAGGCGGCGCGCUCCGAGAGGCGUGAUGUCAUCCUGGAGGCGUACGAGGCCUUCCUGAAGCGCUCCAACGCCGUGGAUCUGGUCCACGUCCUCGUUAUGUACGAAAGGCUGAGGGACCGCUCGGACCCCGAGGAGCCCGUCAGCCGUGUCCAGCUGCACGAGUUCCUAACAGGCAACACGGAAGUCUCGGAUGCAGCCGCCUCAUCCGCCCUCUCGACACCGUCCGCCAAAGUCCGACCGCGUGGCUCCAACGUCAAAUCUGCGGUGAGAAGAGUCUUCUGCUCCUACCUGAGCUUGCUGGUCAACACCAAGGACGACCUGGCCUUGGCCCUGACUCUGGACGUACCCAGUCGGGCGCUCGGACGACAGACGUUCACCCACAUUAAACAUGCGGCGCGCCGGAGUGACAUGUCCCUGUUUUUGGCGGUAACGUCGUUCGUGAGGACCAUCCAGCUGGGAGGCAAGGGCUACGCGCCGGCGCCCUCGGACCCGCUCAGGAAGCACCUAAAGGGCCUGUCCGCCUACGUCCACUUCCUUGACAGCCUGGAGGAGAUCCUGGGGGAGACGCCGGACCCCAGUGUGUGCGGGUCCAAGCUGGUGUGUGCGAUCCGGGGGGCUCUGGUGAAGGGUUGUGACUCCAGAGACGUCAGCUUCGCCGCAGAGGAGACGGCGAGCCAUCUUAAGGAUGAAAUCUGCAAACUCCACCAAAUCCAGAAAGACACCGCGCACAAAGCAAGCACUGGGAUCAGUCCCGCCAGGCCGAAGGCAUAUGCUCUGAAUCACUCCACGGCGUACGGCGGCCGUGAUGCAGUGAAGGUGCUUCUGUCUCUGCUGGAUGAAGAAGCAGUGACGACACCCUGCGCCAACAAGGCCGACCUGCUGUCUGAGGACCAGCCUGUACUCAAUGGGAGCGAGGGCACAUCGGUUCUCACCUUGUUCAGAUCUCCUGAAAUGUCCACUGGAUCUGCUCCAGAACCCCUAAAGAAGAAAGUCCGGAGCCACCUGGACCUGCUCAAGUCGAAGGUAGGACACAGAGUCAUCCGAUCCCAGUUUGCCUGCACCUACAUAGACGAGGAAGAACCGCCUCUCAAUCGCGUUCUGGACUUCUCGAGCCCGAGCCAAGUGCCCACCUGUGUGCACCCGGGACCCAAACCCAAAAGCGCAGCACCGGCCUCAGCCGAAAUUAGUGAAAUCAUCCUCGCACUGGAUCCCAAGAGAGGGAACGCCAACCCGGUCCGAGCUCCAGGUUCGGACAACGCAGCCAAGAAGACGACAAAGAAGAGGAAGCAGGCGGUUGUGGAAAAGGAGAACGAGCCACUGGAGAAGAAGCGGCCGCCGAUGAAAACAAGCGUAAAAACCGCCACCAGAACCAAGAAGAAGAAGAUGAUCGCAGGACAAGCAAUACUGACCAGCUUCUUCAGAGUCUGAAUACACUCCUUUUUGGGUACUGUUUAUAUAUCUUAUGUGGCAAGUGUGAAAAUGUACAAAAAUGUAAUAAAAUGUGCUUUUUAAAAACAAAAACAAAA